AUGAAGGCCAACUUUGCCCUUCUGGCUCUCACUGCCGGCCAGGUCUCUGCUCACUGGGGUGCUUGGAAGGACGCCCCCAAGUACACUCCUCCUCAGGCUAUCGACAACAAGUGUGAGGAGAACCAGAAGAAGGGAUGGCAGUGGGAUGACCUCCAGCUCGGCCAGUUUGAGAAGUACAACGACUUUGAUUUCAAGGGCUGGUCCUGUGGAACCGACAAGUCGAAGCGCGAUCUCACUGGCCGACACUUUGGCAAGUCUAUCUUUGCUGACUGUGGCAACAAGAAGGAAGAGGCUCCCUCUUUCGGAUGCGGCGCUGGCAAGAAGGAGAAGAAUUUCUCCCUCCACAAGUUCCACGUGAAGCCCGAGUUCGACUGCCGUCUCGAGUUCCACUACGACAUGCCUGAUGGCUCUACCUGCAAGCACCAGGCCGACUGUUCCAAGGAUGGUACCGACAUCUACAACACCCAGUGUGGUGGUGCUAAGAAGGUCCACUUUGUCUACCCCAAGCAGCCCAACAAGCCCAAGGACAAGUGCCGUGUUGAGAUCCCCCAGAUCGACUUCAACUGUGACAAGCCUUCUUUCCCCAAGUACCCCAAGCCUUCUUUCCCCCCCAACGACGACAAGACCAAGACCAUCCCCAACGGUGACAACACCAAGACUGUUCCCGCUGGUGAGCAGACCACUGAGGUUCCUUCUGCUGAGACAACCUCUGCUCCUUACGGUGACAACACUGAGACCGUUCCCGCUGGCGACAACACCGAGACCGUCCCUGCCGGUGAGCAGACCACCGAUGUUUCUUCACCCGGUGAGACCACCUCCGCUCCUGUAGCCGACAACACUGAGUCUGUCCCCUACGGCGACAACACCAAGACUUUCCCCGCUGGUGAGGAGACCACUGCCCCUGCCGAGAACACCGAGACUGUUCCCGCUGGUGACAACACCAAGACUGUCCCUGCCGGUGAGGAGACCACCGCCCCUGCCGAGAACACCGAGACUGUCCCCGCUGGUGAGGAGACCAAGACUGUCCCUGCCGGUGACAAGACUACCGAUGUCUCUUCCCCCGCUGAGACUACCUCCGCCCCUGCUGGUGAGGAGACCGAGACCCUCCCUGCCGGCGAGAACACCAAGACCGUCCCCGCUGGUGAGGAGACCACUGCCCCUGCCGACAGCACCGAGACCGUCCCCGCUGGUGAGAACACCAAGACUGUCCCUGCUGGCGAGAACACUGAGACCGUCCCUGCUGGUGAGGAGACCAAGACUGUCCCUGCUGCUGAGGAGACCACUGCUCCUGUUGAAGAGAUCAAGACAACUGUCUACGACAGCACCUCUACUGUCUACACCACUGAGGUCAAGACCAUCACUUCUUGCGGUCCUGAGGUCACCAACUGCCCCGUCACUGCCGGUACUCCUGCCGUUGUCACCGAGACCGUUGCCAUCUCCACCACCAUCUGCCCUGUCACUGAGACUCUCACUGGCGACAAGCCCGCUCACACCAAGCCUGCUGGCGAGAAGCCCACUGGUGACAAGCCUGUUGAGGGCGGUGACAAGCCCGGUUACACUGCUCCCGCUGGUGACAAGCCCACUGGUGACAAGCCUGCCAAGACCACUGAGGGUUCUUCUCCCCACGCUACCUCUGACGUCCCUGAGGAGGUCACCACCAUCGUCACCAGCUACGACAGCGUCUCCACCGUCUACAAGACUGAGGUCAAGACCAUCACCUCUUGUGGCCCUGAGGUUACCAACUGCCCUGUCACCGCUGGCGAGCCCGCUGUUGUCACUGAGACCCACGCCGUUUCCACCACUCUCUACCCUGUCAUCGAGACCGUCACCCACAAGGCUCCUAAGCCCGUCCAGACCGGUUCCGAUGAGAAGCCCCAGACUCCUGAGGUUCCCAAGGAUGGCUACGAUGUCCCUGAUGUUGUCCCCAGCUGCUUGAACACCUUCCUUGACUUCGUCGAGGACUGCAAGGAUAACACCGACGCUGCCUGCUACUGCCCUUCCAAGGACUUCGUCGACAACGUCUUCCAGUGCCUUUACGCUCACGCUGAGAACGAUGACACUGUCGCUCAGGCCGUUUCUUUCUUCCAGGGUAUCUGCGCUCCUUACAUCGAGAAGAACCCCGGUAUUGCCACUGGUGCCGACUCUGUUACUGAGCACAUCACCGUCACCGGCACUACCAUCAUCACCUCUGCCCACUACACCACCGUCGUCGUUGCUACCACCAUCACUGAGGCUUACGUCACUGGUGGUUCCACUGUCGAGGGAUCCUCCACCGUCAAGACCAUCGAGACCGAGAUCGUCGUCCCCGAGGUUGGCUUCACCUCCGGCCCCGCUGGCAACGGCCCCGUCCCUGCUCAGACUGCUCCCGCUGAGGCUCCCGCUGCCGGCACUGAGGCUCCUGCCGCUCCCGGCUACGAGGUUCCCGGCGCCGGUGAGACCCUCAUCACCAACAAGCCCGUUGUUGGUACCGGUGGUCUUCCCGUUCCCACCUCUGCCCCUGGCGUUCCCGUGACUGCUGGUGCCGCUCGCAACGGCAUGGGCAUCGCUGCCGCCAUCCUGGCUGUUGCCAUCGCCCUGUAA